CAUUUGACCCAUAUGAUCCUUCAUAUGUGUAUUACAAUUUGCCUCAAAUGGACGUAUCAUAUUUGGUGUUGAGUGUUUUGGCGUUUUUCUGCACCAGAAGUUCAACGCAACCUUGUAUUCCAACCUUUCAAAACCACCACGCGACAGUUGAAUAUGGAAACCAACGGAUAACCGGAGUUAUUACUGGUUGCUUGUUUGGCAACCAACUACCUAAUAUCAAUGGGAAUCACUUUGUAAUUAACAUAAAGGGCCAAGUGAUACCAGCAUUGCAUAGGAGCGCCGUUUCCCACAUUCAACGAAGUUUCCGAUUGAAUAUUAUUCACAACAAAAUUGAAGCAAUCGAACGAGGCGCUUUUGAAAACUUACCAGGUUUGCAAGAUUUAUACCUGGAUCACAAUCAUCUCGUUACAGUAAAACCCUACGCAUUUGAAAAUUUACCAUCACUAGAGUGGAUUUCUUUACAAAAUAACAAUAUCGAUGUUAUAUGGAAGGACACAUUUGUCAAUCUGCCCCGUUUAAAUUCGGUUUAUUUAAGCCAUAAUAAUUUAAAAAAGUUCAAUCAAGAUUGGUUCGUGUCUACUCCAGUGUUAGAUCGGAUAGUCUUAAUCAACAACCAGAUUGAGAGUCUCCCAGCCGCCGCCUUCCAAAACUUGAGAUCUAUAACGGUACUGGCUAUUGACGAUAAUAAAUUAAAAUACAUUCACCCAGAGGCAUUUCAUGGAUUGUCUCGUUUGGACGAACUUUCCUUAGGUGGAAAUCAACUAACGGCGUUCGAUGUCAAUUUAAGUCACUUACGUGCGUUAUAUAGAUUGGGGAUCGAGCGAAAUAAGUUUACCUACCUCCCCACAAGUGCGUUUAGUCAAAUUUUGCCAACUGUACAGGAAAUUUUUGUUCAGGCAAAUCCGUUGGUGUGUUCCUGCGCGGACGCGCUCGUGGUUUGGGCAUCCGAUAAUAACAUCAAGCUGUUUUGGAAGUGUGAGAAUAAAGACAUGUAUUGCGUUUUACCACUGGAUUAUGCUAAUGAUUGCGUGAAGCGACCAGCAAGUGAUUUUAACUCGACAUUAUUUAAAAACUUUGAGUCCGAGUGUGUCAUCCAGUAGUGCUGUAAACGAUACCAACUCAAUGCCUUUCUAUCAAACUAUGCCUAAACAGGCAAUAGUUGUACAACAUGUCUCUUGUAUGAGUUUCUUUUGAAAAUAAAUACCUUGCAAUAUCAAUAUCA